AUGAAACCAGGAGCCUUUAUACAAUGCGAACAAAUGCAACUGCGAAUUGCCUUUCAGCUUUUGCAUGUGGGAAAUCCAGAGAACUCACCAUGUGUAUCCAUGGCGGUGAGUGGAACGGUGACCUCCUACAACCCACACAAGGGAUGGGGCUUUAUCGAAUGCAAUGGCCAAGGCGUUUUCGUCAACAGGCGGCAGUGCGGAGGUUAUUGCCUCGCCAAGGGCAUGAAGGUCUCCUUCAUCGUGACGCAGGGAGACAAGGGACAACAGGCCACCGAUGUUAAAGUCAUGGUGCCCCCAGAGGAAGCCAUGUAUCACGGUGAAAUCAAGUCCUUCAACCCAAACAAGGGCUAUGGAUUCGUUGGUUGUGAGGCCUUCCCAGGGCAAGACGUCUUUGUGCUCAAAUCCGAAAUCCCUGGCGCCUCGGAGUUUCCGGAAGAUCCACUGGUGGCUUUGCGCCGCAAGGAGGUCGGAGAGAAAGCAGAUGGAGUCCAGCUGCCACAGAAGUGCAGCUUCUUGGAGCCGCUGGAAAUCAGCGCCUUGGAGAGAGUCAUGGUGGUGAUGGGUGGUCAAAAGUAUCAGCAGAUGAAGCAAAUGGCCUUCUAUGGCGGUUUUAAGGGCUUUGGCAAGGGCAAGGGCAAGGGCAAGGGCCCACGGGUGGAUCCAUCGGAGAAGGUGUGGAUCGGCGGCAUCCCGUGCCUUGGCGACAUGGGUACUGAGCACAUGAAUCAGGUGGGAAAGACCAAGUGGGUGGAAGUCUUUGAGGGCAAAGGUGCAGGCACCGGCACCGCUGCCUACAGCUCGGCCGAAGAGGUGGCACAAGCCAUCGCCAGCCUCGACGGGUCAGCGUUGGGAGGUGGUGCCAUCCAGGUAGAUGCUUGGGUCAAAGCCCCGAAGGAGGAGGCGGCACCGGCAUGAGCCUGAUCUCUUAAGCUGUGCUCCAACAGCAGGUACAAGCAUCCAGUUUUGGUUCGAGAUUGGAGCACGGCAUUUUAAAUCACUAGACUUAGAGCGGCUCGCUACUGGGGCGGCUCCAAUAGAAAAAGAAAGGUGUUUGGACAGCCAGAUGCCCAAUGCUAUCAAGGAUUUUGUAACGUAUUUCACCUGGCGUCCGACCGUCUGUGUCGCUUCAGGCACAGUAUGUCGCUCUCC